GCAGUGAAGAGUCACGUGUGGCUUCCGUUGGUCUGUUUUCCUGGGCGCAGUGAGGGUCUCCCCUCCUCCUUUUCUUUAAUUCGGUUUAUUUUGUCCCUAUCCUCUUUUUUACUUCGGAUCAAUUUCCCUAGAUCGUUGUCAAUCCUGUCUCCCUCACCGGAUCCGCGUUCCCACCACUCCACGGUGUAUGAAAGCAUGAGCGAUAACGAUGACAUCGAGGUUGAAAGCGACGCAGACAAACGAGCGCAUCACAAUGCAUUGGAGCGCAAGCGCAGGGACCAUAUCAAGGACAGCUUCCAUAGUUUAAGGGACUCUGUACCAUCACUCCAAGGAGAGAAGGCAUCGCGGGCCCAAAUACUGGACAAAGCCACAGAGUACAUUCAGUACAUGAGACGGAAAAAUCACACACACCAGCAAGAUAUCGAUGAUCUAAAGAGACAAAACGCUUUACUAGAACAACAAGUUCGUGCACUGGAGAAAGCGAGAUCCAGCUCUCAACUGCAGUCCAACUACUCUUCAUCUGACAGCAGCCUCUACACAAAUCCUAAAGGCAGCACCAUUUCCGCAUUUGAUGGUGGCUCCGAUUCCAGCUCAGAGUCUGAACCUGAAGAACCCCAAAGCAGAAAAAAAUUACGAAUGGAAGCAAGUUAAACCCAGCAAUAAAACCAGCAGUCUGUUCACAGCUUAAGUCUUCAACCUCUUCCGUCUCAUUAGUCCCCCGACAACUUUUAAGGACUUUAUUUUGUUCCUUUAUCAUUUUUAUUAGGGUCUUGGACUGAUUUUGUUUUCUCUCCCUUCUCCCAACUCCCUUUUUUUGGUAUUUAAAUUUUAGUGUAAUAUCCAUUUUAAAAAUGGAUCUCAAACAGGAAAAAAAAAAAUACGUCUGUAUGCUAUAACUUUCAUGCAGAUCCGACAUCUGUAUGGCAGGUGACAAUGGGGUGAAUGAAGCAGGUUUUAAAUCUAUAAAAUAGAAGGAAAAAAAACUGCAAAUGCACUCAUUUUAUUGUUAAAAAAAAAAAAUGCAUAUUGGUGAAUUUCGAAGAAAAAAAAAAAUAUUCCAAAAUCUGUGCCAUGUGAGAUUUUGAAGAGAUAUAUUAUUGGUGCUGUAUUAAGGGUUUAACAUAUUGGACAAUAAUAGCUUAAAGCACCUCAUUUCAAGAGCCUUUUGUGUAUGUUUUUUUUUUUUUUUUUUUUUUUGGGAACAAUACUUUUUACCCCAAAUGAUUAAAUGACUAGUAUUUUUAAUAAGGAACAAUGUAUUUCCCUCUCACUUAAGUCUACCAUGUCUUCGGUGAAAUAUUGCUUUAUUGAGUACAAAAUGAACACAGCUAAAGAAUAGUGUUCAUCGGUAGUCUGAGAACAGGGUGUAAUUUUUAUUUAUUUUGUUUACUAUAUAUAAAGAAAAUCUCUAUAUAAAUCCACUGUUCACCAUAAGAGGCCUAUGAUUUGACCAAUUUACAAAACAGAUAUUAUUGAUCCCAUGUUACGUAUUUGCCAAAUUAAAGAAGUUCUUGUAUACAAAAACCAGCAGUGAAUCAAUUGAUGAUCUUGAUGAAAAAAAUACUUUAUGUAUUAUUUUAAAAAAACUGAAAUAGUAAAGGGUAAUGUAAUA